AAAAUGUGCAUCUUGCUCUUUGGUUACAGAAAUAUUCUUUGAUACGGUUUUCGCGCCAAGACGGAUGUUGUCAAAGAUAUUGUUGAAAAUAAUUUGCAGUUUUUGGAUUAGUUUGUUUUCAAUUUUAAGCCACUGAAAAUGGAGGAAGGUGACUUUGAUCAACGUCUUAGAGACUUGCAGAGAGAAUAUUUGGAGUUUUUGGAUGAUGAAGAAGAUCAGGGUAUCUACAUGGAACAAGUGAAACAAAUGAUAGCUGAUAAUUCUAAACGGCUUGUUGUCAAUGUGAAUGAUCUAAGAAGAAAGAAUCCACAACGGGCUAAAAACUUACUUGAGAAUGCAUUUGAAGAGCAAAUAGCAUUUCAAAGAGCUCUAAAAGAAUACGUAUCAUCUAUUGAUCCUAUAUAUGCAAAAGUUCAGGAAGAAUUCUUUGUUGCCUUCUCUGGAAGCUUUGGUAACAAACAUGUCACCCCUAGAAGUUUGACUUCAAGGUAUUUAGGGAACCUAAUAUGCGUGGAAGGUAUAGUGACAAGAGUGUCACUGGUUCGCCCAAAAGUGGUUCGCAGUGUGCAUUACUGUCCAGCUACUAAGAAAGUUAUGGAACGUAAAUACACAGACCUUACAUCAUUUGAAGCUUUUCCUACUUCAGCAAUUUAUCCUACAAAGGAUGAUGAAGGCAAUCCAUUAGAAACAGAAUUUGGCUUAUCCCGCUACAAAGACCAUCAGACUCUAACAGUCCAAGAGAUGCCUGAGCGUGCACCUGCUGGUCAACUUCCACGAAGUGUAGACAUAGUAUGUGACGAUGAUCUUGUUGAUAAAUGUAAGCCCGGAGACAGAGUACAAAUUGUUGGCAACUAUAGAUGUUUGCCCUCAAAACAGGGUAGUUUUACUGCUGGCACUUUUAGGACUAUACUUAUAGCAAAUAAUGUAACUCAAAUAAACAAAGACAUGAAUUUGAAUGUUACUCUGGAGGAUAUCAAGUUAUGCAAGAGAUUGGCGAAACGUACCACGGUAGAUAUGUUUGAAUUGCUGAGCAAAUCAUUGGCCCCAUCUAUACAUGGACAUGAUUAUAUCAAGAAGGCUAUACUGUGCUUGUUGUUAGGUGGCAUGGAGAAGAUUUUACCUAAUGGCACUAGACUCAGAGGUGACAUCAACAUCCUGCUGAUAGGCGACCCGUCGGUGGCCAAGUCUCAGUUGCUGCGUUACGUGCUGCUGAGCGCCCCGCGCGCCAUCACCACCACCGGGCGCGGCUCCUCCGGCGUGGGGCUCACCGCCGCCGUCACCACCGACCCAGACACGGGCGACCGCAGACUGGAGGCCGGCGCCAUGGUACUGGCGGACCGCGGCGUGGUGUGCAUCGACGAGUUCGACAAGAUGUCGGACAUGGACCGCACCGCCAUACACGAGGUGAUGGAGCAGGGCCGCGUCACCAUCGCCAAGGCGGGCGUGCACGCCACGCUCAACGCGCGCUGCUCCGUGCUCGCCGCUGCCAACCCUGUAUACGGACGGUAUGACCAAUAUAAAACACCUAUGGAGAACAUUGGUCUGCAAGACUCGCUGCUGUCACGUUUCGACUUGCUCUUCGUGAUGUUGGACAUCGCAGACGCCGACCACGAUAACAUGAUCUCCGAACACGUCCUGCGAAUGCACCGAUACAGGAAUCCAAAGGAACAAGACGGCGAAGUACUACCUAUGGGUUCUUCUGUCGAAAUGCUGUCUACUGAAAAUCCUGAUAAUGAAGAAGUGGAGGAGACAAACGAAUCUAUAUAUGAGAAAUACGACCCCCUACUUCAUGGGAACACUCGUAGCAAGAAGGAGCAAAUUUUGAGUACGAAAUUCAUGCGUAAAUACAUUCACAUCGCUCGUUUGAUGAAGCCCAAACUGACGCAGGAAGCUUCUGACGCCAUCGCUGAUGAGUACGCGAAACUCAGGAACCAGGACAUGAUGGAUAGUGACGUUGCCAGGACCCAGCCAGUGACUGCUCGUACUCUGGAGACGUUGAUCCGUCUGUCCACCGCCCACGCGAAGUGCCGACUCAGCUUCCAGGUCACCGAGGCCGAUGCCCACGCCGCCAUACAACUAGUGCACUAUGCGUACUUCAAGAAGGUGUUAAUGAAAGAGAAACGUCGUAAGCGACGCGCCUCGUCCGACGACGAAGCCGCCUCAGAUGGUGAGCAACCAUCACAACCGAGACCCAAAAAGUCACGGAAAACGGGUACUGGUGCGGAGGGCGAAGAUCCCUACCAGUUUUCAUCGGACGAGGAAGUAGAACCGGUUCUACGCGCCGCCAGAGAUGCGCAACCGGAGCAACACACGCAGCGGGCCACCAGGUCACAGGACAAACACAUCGAUAACGAAAGGCUGGCGUUAUUCAAGGCUGCGUUACAGCAGCUGUUUCGCGACGAGCGCGCUAACUCCCUCCCUCUGGAUCGUAUACGGGCGUACGUCAACGAAAAAUAUUCGCACGCGACAUUCGAUGACGCAGAAAUGAACGCGGCCCUCGCGCGCAUGACCAGAGACAAUCAAGUAAUGAUGGCCGACGAUAUCGUGUUCCUUAUUUAAAAUCUAUAACAGUGAUGAUAUUUUUUAUAAAAAAUAAAUAAUCUUUUUCUUUUUAAAUUCCGCCUCCGACUUGAGUACAAAUACGUUCCAUGAAGAGUAUAAGGGUGUGUUCACAUUUUAACUUCUUCAUAUAAUGUCACAGAAAAAGUAACUAUUGGUAUCAAUGUUAGUAUAUUAUGUUGAAAUGUUGGGGUUGUAUUCGCCCUAUUAGUGCCUUCAUAAUGUUCUUUUUUUUUUGUAUAAAAACAAAGCAUUGUCCAUAUUAAAUCUCAUUAUGUAUUUUUAUACAAGAAUUUACUCUUAAGU